AUGCCGCCGCCGGCCCUGAUGGAGGAGCUCAUCGAGGAGAUCCUCCGCUUCCCACCGCACGACCCCGCGCUCCUCGUCCACGCCGCCCUCGUCUGCAAGCAAUGGUGCCGCCUCGUCUUGGGCGCCGGCUUCCAGCGCAGGUUCCGCGAGUUCCACCGUACGCCCCCAAUGCUGGGAUUCCUCUACAGCAGCCUUAGCUAUUGCAGCAAGCCCAAGCCCAAGUUCGUGCGCAUAGCCGCCUCCUGCCCGCCGAUUGCCCACCUCAGCCACUGCUGGAUGGUGAUCGAUGCGCGCCAUGGGCGUGUACAGCUAGCCGAGCCGGAGAAGAACGCCCUGGUGAUUUGGGACCCCAUCACCGACCAUCAGAGGCGACUGCCCUUCCCCAAGCAGCCGUCGCAGUCCCUGGUCACCUGGAGUGCUGCAGUUCUCUGCACGGCCCAUGGCAGCUGCGACCAUCUUGAUUGCCACAACAGUAGUCGAUCCUCCUUCCUCGUGGUUUUUGCGUGCUCUUGUACUAGCGAGACAAUCAUCUGCACCUACUCGUCCGAUACUGCUACGUGGAGCAGGUGGAGCGACUCAAUCUACACUCAUCAGCAGUCUUCAGGCUACGUGCAACCUUUCAUGCCUCGUGCGCUCGUGGGGAAUGCACUCUACUUUGGGUUUUACCAGCGGGGAAGAAUAAUGAUUCUAAAGUAUGAAUUGGAAUCGCAUGAACAGUCUGCAAUUGAUCUACCACCACUAUUGGAGAAUGGUACAAUGGUACCAGCACGUUAG